AUGUACGACGACACUGUGGGUUGGGGCCCUUCGCCUCAGACCGGCGACAUCGUCAAGGACGCACUGAGGAAGGAGCAACUCCUCAAGGAAAUUGCAGCCUCGCAGGACGACCUUCGUACAUUAUAUGACAGGGUGCAAACUGUUCAGAAGGAGGUCGAUAAGCAGACUUCCGGGAAUGAAACACUGCAAAUGUAUAUCGACAACCUGACGGUCCAAAUGGCGAAACGAAGAUAGACAUUAAUUCCAUAAUCCAGAGUUUGAAGACGUAACAGGAUCCGAUAAGAUGCACAGAAAACUAAGCACAGAAAACGCUGGAUACAAUAAUUUAUUUAAUAAGACCGAUGGGGAAGAGAGCUCGUAACGAGCACAGCUAA